AUGAGAGAAGUCAGAAAGGUUCUGCUGAAUCUUGGUAGAUAUGAAGAACUCCUUGUUGUUGCGCGCAACGGUAGACCAAUUUUCUCCAAGAACGCUUCGGAAGUCAUCUCGCCAACGGGCUCGUGGUCGUCCGACGGAUCGUUUCUUCUCCUAGGGCCGCCCUUCUACGAUCUUCUUUGCCCACGUUUCUUCUCCCGUCACGAUUUUCUUUGCGAAGAACCACUUUCUUCUUGUUGCAACCAUUCGUGGAGCCAACUGUUUGGUCUUCUAUCCUAA